AUGUUUAAAACUGGAAACAGGAUCACUUUCUAUGAAGGCAAGAAUUUCCAAGGAUGCCGCUAUGAGUCUGAUAGGGAUUGUUUGGAUUUCCACACUGACUUGAGCCGUUGCAAUUCCAUCCGUGUAGAAAAUGGUGUCUGGGUUGUUUAUGAGCAGCCAAAUUUUGCGGGAAGCAUGUAUGUUUUAACCCAUGGAGAAUAUCCUGAAUAUCAUUGCUGGAUGGGCCUGAAUGAUAGAGUCAGCUCCUGCAAAUCCAUUCAGUUGGUGAGUAGGAUAGUUUUCAUUUCCCUUCAGAGAAACACUCUUUCUUUUUACAAAAUAUGGUUCUUCUUACUAUGUUAG